AUGUCGACGACCUCUCGCCACUGCGAUACCAUCCUGCAGGCUCUACCAGAUUGGCCAUCCUUGGUCGAGUCGCAGGAGCUUUUAGACCUAGUUGUGCUCAAUGUUGGCAUCUCACAACAACUUUUCGAUGUUCGGCUAUUUUCCGACAUGCUCUCUCGCCUGUAUCAAGGGCCCGCUGCCAAAGAACCCCCUUCAAGGCUGUGGCUUGUCGAAGCGCUCCUCGUUAUGGCUGUAGGCAGGCUGUUGCAGGCGAAGCCGGUCUUGCCCGGCGAGGAUACCCCAGGUGCAUCGUUAUUUCGUGAGGCUACCAAGUGUCUUCCUGGAGUUUCUGUUCUCAAAAGCCAUGGGAUCCUCGGGAUUGAAGUCGUGGCACUCAGCGCUCAAUAUCUUCAAAUCGUGGAUCGAAAGGAUGAAGCAUAUGUACAGGCAAGCCUGGCGCUGCAUCUUGCUGUUGUACGCGGCAUGCAUAAGGCAGGUGGCGAUCAAAUGCUCCCUAGGUCUGAAGCAGUACACCGGAACCGACUAUGGUGGUCUAUAUAUAUGCAACAAAGGCGCCUCGCAGCGGCAGGAGGGUAUCCUAUUUCACUGCAUGACGAAGCCAUCACGGUAGAUCCUCCAAGUGACUUCCCCGGUUUCCCUUCUUCGAGUGCAAUUGCAAUGAACGUUUUAGCUGCCAGAAUUACCGGUCAAACUAUAUGGACUAUCUACACCGAUAAGGGUUCUUCUGAGCCAUCCUUCGUAGAAGAUGUCCAGAAUAUCUUCGUCUCUAUCGAAGGCCUUGAGCAAAGAUUGCCAACUGAAUACAUCAUGGUUCUGGAAGGCUCACAGAUCCACGUUGGUGGCCUUCCGUUCAGCAAGACAGCUCAGACCGUAGCACGGACAAGUUCUUCCCUGUAUUUAUCCAUUUUUCAGGCGUUCAUUCACGCCGGGCGCCCUAUCCUUCUAUCGAUUGCACGGAGAAGCCACAAGGCGGACGAUCAACCGUACGGUCGUCCAAGUUCCGCCCUAAGACGGCUUGCAGAGAAGUGUGUGGAGGCUGCCAGCAAGAGCUUGAUGAUUCUACAAGAGCUUUGGAAUCGAGGCAUCAUGGGUGAGUAG